UAAGUAAGAGCGAUUUGGCAAAGAAUAUUCAGCAGCAUGUUCCGAUACUUGGCACUUCUCCUGGCUCUCUCAGCUGUCGCCUACGGCGAACAUGCUCAGUUCGAUGAGUUCGGUCGCAUCGUUGGCGGAUCUUCCGCCAGCAUCAGCGACUUCCCGUACCAGCUGAGUCUGCGAUGGAACAACGCCCACUUCUGUGGUGCUGCCCUGAUCUCCUCGACAUGGGCCGUCUCCGCGGCUCACUGCACCGUCGGUCGUACCGCAUCAGGAAUGUCCCUCCAGGCUGGAAGUGCAAACCGUCUUUCCGGUGGACAAGUGCGCGCCGUUUCCUUGGUGAUCAACCACCCCAGCUACAACGCGAGGACCAUUGACAACGACAUCAGUCUUCUCAGAGUGAGCGCUGCUUUCACCCUGAGCAGCACCGUCCGUGCUGUAGCUCUUCCAUCCCAAGGACAAGCUGUUUCCAGCGGUGUCUACGCCGUGGUUUCCGGAUGGGGCACCAUGACUGAGGGUGCCAGUAGCUUGCCAACUGUUCUGCAGCAGGUUUCGGUUCCGGUUGUUGCCCAGACCACCUGCAACCUUCUCUACUGGGGUGGCAUCACAAGCAACAUGCUCUGCGCCGGCUACCUUGCCGGAGGCCGUGAUGCCUGCCAAGGAGAUUCCGGAGGCCCUCUUGUCAGCGGUGGUUCCCUCAUUGGUGUCGUAUCUUGGGGCAGUGGUUGCGCUCGUGCCAACAACCCUGGAGUCUAUGCUCGCACUGCCAUCUACCGCGACUGGAUCAGAACCAACACCGGUGUCUAAUCUUGACGCCUUUGGAAAACGUGAUUUUCGGAAUUGGUAAAACUGGCAUUGCAAACGUUUGGUUCUCUAGAAUUCGAUCAACAGAAAUCUAACAGAUCGGACAAAUGAUAAUGAUCU